ACACAAACAGUGUUCGGUGUGAAGAGCUCGAGCAGCGACAGCAGCGGCUUGCACCGCGGAGGGAAGGCGGAGAGAGCAACAACAACACCUAACCAACGGAGAAACAGCAAACUGCGUGUUCAUAUUUGACUUCUGCGUCCCGUCUGUCGCUGUGUUUUCCGGGACAAUAAGCCGGCUUUAGUCUCUGAAAUGCAGCUGAGGACUUUAUCCACACAGCGGGCUAGUUAGCUAACGACGGGAGUAAGUUAGCCAUGCAGUGAUUUAUGCUAGUGGGUAAACGUUAGCUGGAUGGGAAUGGUGGUGUUAUAAAAGUUGAUAUUUUUGAACCACAUCUGGAUCUAAAGAAGUGUUGGAUUGAUUUGUCAGAGUCCUCACAGAUCGUCUCUUUGCUGUCCUGACAGCUCCCUGCAUUUAUUGACUCUGCACUGUCCUGAAGCUGAGGGGUGACAACACUGAAUAUGGCGAGUGUUUCAGACAGAGACUACAAAACUGGCACCUUUAAAUCGUUGGACUGGCACGUUGCCCAGCUAGUGUACCCAAGAUAAACUGGUUAAAUUGGACAGUUCAUGUAAUGGCCAAGGAGAGUGACGGAUUUCAUCUUUAUGCCUCACUACACAGUUGCUCUCAAAGUUGCAGAGCAAUGGGAUGCCACUGCUGAAGCAUCUUCUUAAAAGUUUAUAAAUACUUGUCUCUGUUGAAGCUCAACAAUUUGACACUGCAAGACAUGGACUUGCACUGGAUCUAAAGACUGUCUGAAAACCUCUAACGUCACAGCAGUCUCCAGGUGGGACACUUCAUCUGAGCGUUGCUGCUGGUCCCCGGAGUUUAUUUGAGGACCAACAUGUCAGUGUCAGGGGCCACGACUGUGCAGCUUUUCACCAAGCUCAUCAAGCAUGCUGUGGGCAAGGCACAGAUUCAGCUCAACCGCUGGCUGCAGAGGACUGCCACAGAUGAGUGUGACAAGAUCGACAUCCUGAUAUGCAGCGCAUUUGACGAGAGGGGGGUUGGAAUAGGGAAGUCAGAUGGAGACCCUGAGGUUAUCAGUGACACAGGAGGGACGACCUUCGCCAGUGGUGGAGAGUUCAGACACCCGUGCUGUAUCACCACCUUUUGCUUCAAGAGCGCCCUACUGGCAUGCAUCCUGACUGCUGUGUGCUUCUCCUCGGUUGCCCUUGUGCGCCAGUACCUCAAGGACCUCCUGCUCUGGGUGGAGAGCUUGGACAGCCUCGUCGGAGCCUUGCUGUUUAUAGUUGGUUUGAUUAUUGUGUCAUUCCCAUGCGGAUGGGGAUAUAUUGUUCUUAACGUGGCAGCUGGCUACCUCUACGGCUUUGUUCUGGGAAUGGGACUAGUCAUGGUGGGAGUUUUAAUAGGGACUUUUGUGGCACACUUGGUGUGCAAACGCUUAUUGACUGAUUGGGUGUUGAACAAGGUUGGGAACAGUGAACAGCUCAGUGCUGUCAUCCGAGUGGUGGAAGGAGGAAGUGGACUCAAAGUUGUGGCCUUAGCGAGACUCACCCCCAUACCUUUUGGGCUUCAAAAUGCAGUUUUCUCGAUCACAGAUGUGUCCUUGCCAAACUACCUGGUGGCCUCCUCUGUGGGUCUGUUACCCACCCAGCUUCUCAACUCCUACCUGGGCACCACGCUCCGCACCAUGGAGGACGUCAUCGCUGAGCAGAGCAUCAGUGGCUAUUUUGUGUUCAGCCUGCAGAUUGUCAUCAGCAUCGGCUUGAUGUUCUACGUCGUGCACAGGGCUCAGGUAGAGCUCAACGCAGCCAUCGCCGCCUGCCAGAUGGAGCUUAAGUCAUCGCACAUGAACGGGUCCUCCACCAAUCACAGUAGCUUCACCUACUGCAGCAAGAGGGCGACAGCUGGCAGCGGAAACUGCAUUAAUGUGGUGUGACCUUAAAACACUACAUGUGGUGUAGUAGCUCCUAUAACUAACUGUAAGACUGCAGAGCUUAAGGGAACCUGCUGAGUUUAGACAGUGUCCAAAACUUGUUGGUGGUGUAGUAUGACAUCACCCAUGUGAGAAAAGCCCUGAUAGUGUCGUAUGUUUUUUGUUGGUACAUUUUGUUUUCAUUAGUGCGGGACCACGCACCUCUUAAGAAACGGUGUUGAUGAAAAUGGUUUUGUGAUAUAUCAUCAUGGGAGUUUUUUUUUUAAUUUUUAUUAUUAUUUUCAUCAAGGUACUUAUUAACAUUUACUCUGUUACAGGAGAUGUCAAUUAAAUGGUGAUGUUUAGAGAUAUCAGUAUGAGAAUGAGUGAAUGAGUCAUUGGAAGGAAAAAAAAAAAAAAAAAAAAAAAGCUCGGCAAUAACCGCCCGCUAACACUAUGAAUGUGCAAUCUGGAGCUUUCUAGAGAACCAAGGAAUUGUUUUUUUUUAUUUCAGUGUCAAAAGAAUGGUAAGCUAUGCACCUUUAUCUCAUACUUCAUCUGUUUUUUUGUUUCAGGAAAUUUUAGGAUUUGUUUGUUGACAUCCAGUGCUAAUAUAAAAUAUAAAUAAGAAGGGCAUUAUUAAUAUUUUUGAAAGAUUUGGCUUUUUAGUCCAGUUCAUUUUUGAAGUGUCUUAUUUUUGGACUAUGGAGUGAGGGAACAAGCUCUCAGUGAGCACUACAGGCCUCUGACCAUGUGAUUUCUGCUUGCUUACGAUCACAUCCGCUGAAUUGGCCUCGUCUGCCUGGAGAUCAUUUUAGCACUUCUGCAGUUUUGAGAAGAGCAGCUGGGGAGGAGAGCAGAUUUCACAGCAGGAAACUCAGGAACGUUUCUGCCAGGAAAGUUGAAGUGCAGCGUGAGCGGCUCCUCAGUAGCACAGCCACAUGUUCUUCUACAGAAAGAAUCCCACACUGAAAUGAAACUGAGACGCCAAGCUUACCUUUAAAUGUUUUUGAUUAAUUUGGUUUUACAUUCUCUUUUUUUUUUUUCUUUUGGCUGUGAGAUUAUCCAUUAAGGUUAAUACAUAGUUCUUGCUUAAGGUGAUAGUUUUGACAAUGCUGUGCAAUACAUGAUGAAAUGGCAUGAAUGUCAUAUUUCAGUGCUGAAACCAAACUAAUCAGAAAUGCUCUCAUGCAUACAAAAUAACACAAACCAAGUCUGUGUUUUUUUUAGGUUUUACUUACAUUAUAGACGAGUAAGCUAGAUGAGAUAAAGAGGCUGUUAUUUUUUACGUGCCAUAAUUUGAUAAAGCUUAUCAGACGCCAUGACACUGGCCCCACCUGAGCUGAGGCUAAAUGUGACUUAUGACUUCUUUAAUUUUAUUACUUAAUGUUGUUGGUAAUGAUAGAAAUGACCUGUGAACAAUUUAUUUUGUGUUUUAGCUCUUAAUAAUACAUCAACAAAGCUCUCAUGCUGUAGGUUGGUUUGCACACACUGCACAGUUCAACAGACAAACAUUGUUUUCAUACACAUAAGUUAAUCUAGGAAGAGGUUUGGUUGGUCAGGAGGUGAAACGGAUGUCUCUCAGAAGCUGACAAUCAAACACAACAUGGACACUAAGUGAUGAAUGUGAUAAGAACUUUUUAUUUUUACAUGAAUUAUUGUGAUGCUGCUCCUCAGACAAAGUCUGAUUGAGGAAUAAUAAGGGCUCCUAUAUGAAAUAUCCAUCUUUAUGUCCCUGUAUUUGUUCACAGAAGUCAGUUUUGUAUCCCCGGUACAACUUUUUGUUUUUCAUUUUAAUAUUAAGUUCUUUGUUCCCCAGUUUUUUUAGCCAGAUUUAAUGUUUGCCAAACACAUUCCAUGCUGUCAGUCCUCUGAAAAACUGUUGCGUUAUUUUUGUGCUAAAUGUUGGUUGAAAGGGCCCCUUCCUGAGUGAAUUUAGCAAUAAUGUUUGAAAGUCAAAAGCAAAAAAUAUAUAUAUACAGUAUGAUAGAAGUCCUACCAAUAAGAUCUUUAGACAAGUGUUUGGGAAUUGCUGUUCAGUUCCAAUGUUAAAGAUCUGUUUGUAAGCAUUUAUAUUUCUUUCAAAGGUAAACAAAAGAACUGCAUUUGAGUUGUUAGCUGGUCCAUGUUCCACUGUAAGGUUGAGUAUCAACAUUCCCAGGUUUGUGUUACAGUGUCCAACCUGCCUUUUACCUCCUUCUGCCUCUGACGGACAUUUCUGCAUUGCCUAAGAUCUGGAAGAGACUCGCCAACAUCUGUGAUCAGAACAGCUUGUUCAGCUUUGUAGCACUUUCUUUGGAGAGUCCCUAAACCUGCUGAUUGCUUAUUGAUGUUUAGCGAUCAACCUUUCACUCCUGUCACAUGAAAAUCGUCUAAAUCACAUCUAAACAUUUUUCCAGUGUCUUACUUGAAUUGAAAGUUUACGUCGGGAGAGAUGAGUGUGUUUUAUGGCUACGGGCUUUAUGAAAUGUACUCACUGCUCUCACUUUCUCACUUUUCAAAGGCAUGGAAAAUUUUUAUUUUUCUUUAGUUUUUGAUGAGAAAAUUAUGUAAAUACUCGAGGCUUUCACCUGACAGCAGUGUCUCUACUUUCCAAAUAAAGUGUGAAUCGUGUAGCUGUUCUGCUCAGAAGUGGGAAAGAAGCGGACACUAUGCCAUGUAUAAUGCAAAAAUUAAAUACAUGAAACUUGAUCGGCCACCGCGGACACACUUCAUAAUAAAUUAGCGUCUCGACUGGGUUGAUUUUGAAAAUAAGAUUGUGGAAAAAUGAGCAGUUUUACAGCAAAUGCUUUGGUUCUUUCUAGGUGGGCUCUUAGAUUUAGUUAUGCAACAACUGAUUCCUAAGGGAAGUAUAUUUCAUAGAUACCCACACAAGACCUGAAUCUGGGGUGUAACUGCACAUCUAAACUGUUAUAAAGGAGUAAAGUGUGAGAUCAUUAACUUAAGGGGGCAAGUUAAAGGUCACGUUUGGUGCUAUGAAAUGCAAUACUUCCCCAUCUGUAUCAAGUGCAUUACACAUAUACUGUAUUUUGUAAUACAGAGAAUUUUACAGUGUAUAAAUAUUGAUAUUUAUCACUGUACGAUGCCUGUUCAGUGUUAUUUAUGAGAGAGAAAAUAAAACCUGUCAGACUUUGUUACAAAA